UAUCAGAGGGCAAGGAAUGCAAUGCAGAGACUAGGAGUGGAUGAAGAUACUCUCCAGAAUGUUUAUCAAGACAUUCAGCCCAGUCAGCUUAGUGUGGACCAGGAAAUCACUGAGGAGAACAGAUAUGGGCAAGGAUCGGACAGACUGGCUUGGUUUUGGAGGGUCAACAACAAUCAUGAUCCUGACAAAGAUGUCUGUAUCGAUGAAUUUUACAGGGUAAAUUGGUUGAAAGCUAAGGCAAGAUGGCAAAGGUGGGAGGAGGAGUUGAGUUUGGUACAACAUGAGAUGGGAUGGACAGUGGGCUGGUUUAGAUAUAAGAAGGCAGAAUGGGAAUGA